AAUAAGACAUAAAUUGCCUAUCACAUGUAUAAACAUGUUAAUCCGUCUUCUUUUUAUAUAUUUGCUAUCAUGACCAUUUUGUUGCAUAGCUAUAUAUAUUUCAGACACUGAUGAAACCAGUGUUGUAACAGAGCAGUUGCAGUUGACAGUGAGCAGCCCAUGAGAGAACAGUUGCUCUUCCCAUCUGGCACCAUUUAAAAAAACUGGUUUCAAUUUCAGCACCAUGGUCAAGAAGAACCCUAAAUCUGCCAAGACGGGGAAACGUAAGGCAGACCCUGAGCCCAGCACCACUGGUGGGAAACAAAGCCGCCUUGCUGUCUUGUUGGCCAAUGUUAUAUCGAAAGACGAUGACAUUCUCCAGGAAAUCGGGGAUUUGAUCAACAGUGCCGGUGCUGCCAAACCAGACGGUACAGCUGUUUCGAUUGCGUCCUCUGUUUCAUCAGAGCAAGACCUUGCUUCAGUUGAUUCGCUUUAUAGCGAGGUUAAUACUGACUUUCCAUCUGAAAAUGCCGAACCAGAACAUGUUUCUUUGGGAGCUUUUUCAGCAAUUCACCCCCCGUUGGAUCAGAAACUUGCUGACAAAAUUCUAAAUGGAGAGUAUGUUGACUUUGCAUCCAUUAUCCAUAGGGACCAUCUUGGUGAAACAAUGACCAUCAAAAAAACAAACAACUCAACUGUGACUUCAAUACAGAAAGCAUCUGCUAAACGAAUUACUGAAAUUGACCAAUGGAAUAAGGCUUUUCAAAUAUACGCAGACAUAUACUCAGCAAAAUAUCAUUCUCAAGCACCACAACUUUUCCGGUACAUGUCCAUCAUCCAAAAUCUCUCCCAUAACUCGCAACAAUGGAUUGCCUAUGAUGAAAAAUUUAGGCGUCUGCGUGCAGCAUCACCAUCCAUUCCUUGGGGAACUAUACAUACAGAAACAUACCUUUUCUGCUGUAUGAUGAACAGUUCCUUUCGUGGCCCCUCAAAGUUCAAUUCUAGGCCACACUCAAACAAAAUCCCUGCACACAUCCUAUACAAGAAAGGUUACUGUUGGGAGUUUCAAGAAUCAGGAGCCUGCAACAAACUCAAAUGCACAGUUUCUCACCAAUGUAGCAACUGUGAGGGGCCCCACGGUGCCUGUGGAUGCCCAAAGCCAUUCCAUGCACCAAAGAGAUCCCCAUACCCAACAGUUCAUGGUCAAAGACCCCAUCAACUUUCAAAACAAGUCAACCUGCCAACACAUCAGCCUCAUAAAAGAGACUGAUUUCCCUCUGCCCACCCCGGUGCUCAUCCACAAGUUCAUAGAUUACAUUCAUGGUUAUGACACCGAUAAAACACAGUUUCUUGCCAAAGGUUUCAGUGAGGGAUUUCCUCUUGGUACAGAGGGAAUCCUUUCACCACAUACUGCACAAAACCAUUCUUCUGUGCAUACUCACUUCACAUUUGUUCAAAAUAAACUCUCAAAGGAAGUGACCCGGGGUCGCAUAAAGGGUCCAUAUAACACCCCUCCACUAAAAAUCUUUGUCUGUAGCCCGCUGGGAGCCGUACCAAAACGUACCCCAAACUGUUUUCGUCUUAUCCACGAUUUAUCAUUCUCACCUUCAGCAACCUUGCCUGCUGUGAACUCACUUAUACCAAAACAAAAUUCUGCGGUAACAUUAGAAACAUUUGACCAUGUUGCCUCUCUCAUUCUGCAAUGUGGACGUAACUCAACCAUCGCAAAAGCUGAUAUCGAAGCAGCGUUUCGAAUUAUCCCAAUGUCACCAUUAGACUACCACAAACUAGGUUUCACCUUCGAUAACAAAUAUUAUUUUGACACGGUUUUACCAAUGGGUGCUUCAUCAUCAGUUGCCAUAUUUGAAGCUUUCUCUUCGAGUAUUCAAUGGGUCUUACAACAUAAACUCAAGGUCAACUUCGUAUCUCAGAUUAUUGAUGACUUCAUCUUUGUGGGUCCGGCUGGAACUCAAACUUGUUCAAAUUCCCUAAAGACUUUCCUGAAUUUUGCUAAAGAUAUCGGUCUGCCAAUUAAGGACUCAAAAACAGUACAUCCCAACACUUCAGCAGAAUUGCAUGGAAUUCUAGUGGAUACCACUUCAUUAACUGCCAAGCUGCCUGCAGACAAAGUCAGUUUGCUCCGUGAUCUCUUAAAAAGCUUCAAACAUCGUAAAAAGGUUACACUAAAAGAAUUACAAUCCCUUUUAGGUCACCUCAAUUUUGCAUGCAAAGUUAUAAAACCAGGCCGCUGCUUUUUAAGGCGCCUUUAUGACCUGACCAUUGGUGUUAUCAAACCUCACCAUCAUAUUCGCAUGACCAGCGAAACUAGAGCCGAUCUUGCACUAUGGCAUGCCUACCUAGAUAACUACAAUGGUUGCACACUUUUAACAGUGGAACAAUUUAUUCCUUCUACAACCCUGAAAUUGUUUUCUGACGCCGCGGGGUCAAAAGGGUUUGCGUGCACCCAUGGUUCUUCCUGGACAUUUGGUAUCUUCCCUGAAAAGGUCAAACAUCACCAUAUCAAUAUUCUUGAACUGUACCCAAUUGCACUUGCUGUGACAAUCUUUGGCCACCUCUGGAGAAACAAAAACAUAUUAUUUAUUUGCGACAACAUGGCCGUUGUUUAUUGCUUGAACAAACAGACAUCAAAAGACAAAAUUAUGAUGAAACUAAUAAGAGCUAUUGUUCUGACUGCUUUGGAAAACAAUUUCUGCUUUCAUUCCAAACACAUUAGCACUAAGAACAACACAAUAUGCGACUUGCUUUCCCGUUUGCAGGUUAGCAAAGCAUUGACAUUGGCUCCUCACCUCAACAAAACGCCUUUACCAAUACCACUCAACAU